AUGACCAAUGAAGCAGUUGGCAUUGAGAUGGCCAUGGCCAACAACCCCGAGGUGUCACUCGAAUUUGAUCCUGCGUUUUUCGACCAGUCCAUGCUUUCUACUCUUAAUUGGCUGCCCAAUGAAUUGCUUUCCGGUCCAUCGGACCAGUCACAGUCUACCGGUGCCCCGUCGCAAUACAAUACAUCCCUCGGCCAAGGGGCUUAUUUCUCUGGGGCAGCAUGGCAGCCACCUGUUGUGAGCGCCGGACAAAUUAGUCCUUUGCGUCUGGGAAAUGUUUCUCAGUCUCCUUCUGUGCAUGUUUCCCUGGGAAAUAGCAUGGAAAGCCCCAAUCAAUAUUCUCACCCUAUGAGUGAGACCUCCCCGCAUACUGAGACAGUAGACUCUGCCAAACGAUCAGCAGACUACUACGUCGAUGGUGCUGGAGCCAGACUACCGAAGUAUAGAAAAAAGCACACGCCUUGGUCGAGCUCUUCUGUCGAGCCAACCGAUAUUGGAAGACAACUGCUCUUGGAAGACGGCGAGCAUCGAUUUAACUUCCCUGUCAUCUCCGAGAUCAGAACAGAUCAAGUGUCAGAAGAAGUGGCACAUCUUGCUCAACGAAUCGAACCAUCUACCUACGAUGGAAUAUAUCGACAUUUUGUUUUACUUUGCCGCAACGAAAACCCACUCUUUGAUACCUUUGAGUCGGAUGGUUUUCCUACUGUCGACGAAUGCAACUGGUUCAUUGCGUUCUUCUUCGAUUCCUUCCAGGCUGUUUAUCCGAUACUACAUCUUCCGACUUUCGAUCCCAAUACUUGCCACUGGCUUUUGACAUUGUCAAUAGUAGCAGUUGGCUGCCAUGUCUCACAUAUCACUGAGAUGGAACAGUGUAGCAGUGGCUUUCAUGAACUGAUCAGACGGGGAAUUUAUGUCGAGAAGGAAAAAAGUGGCCAUCGCCUGGCUUCUCUCGAGCUUUUGCAAGCCAUGCUUUUCAAUUGCAUUGGACUUCUUCACAGUCGAAACGAGCGAGACAAAAUCUCAGCUUUGAGCGCCUUUAGUGAUUUGGUCACAUUGAUGAAACGAGAUAGGCUAUUGGAGCCAAUUCCAGUAAACUUCAGCGGCGCCUCACAAGAAGCAGCUUGGAUAUCUUGGAUUCAAGAUGAAGUCAAAGGGCGCACAGGAUACUGCAUAUGGCUUGUGGAUUGUACCCUCGCCUAUUAUUUCGAUGACCGACCACUUCUAUCCUUAGACGAUGGGCAAGCCGCGUUACCUGCCCAGGAGAAAAUAUGGCAAGCAACAUCCGCGGAAAAAUGGAAGCAGCUAUGGGAAAAUUCAACCGGUACCUUAAACCCAGACCCUACAGCCAGCCACAACCUAACACCCCCAGUGAAUGAAUCCCUCUACGACGCCGUCCAUAUUCUCUAUAUUGAAAAGCGUUUAGUCUCAGGAAUAGGAGAAUUCAGCCACGUCCUCCUAAUCCACGCUCUCUACCACAGAAUGUGGGAAGUAGGCGACUACUUCCGCCGCCCCCUUUCGUUCUGGAAUCCAACAGCAAGAAAGCAAUCCCGCGAAACCGCCAUCCCAACUGGAUCAGUCUGGCUACCAGGAAUUCCCUCAUACUCCAAAUGGCGCAAUAGCGCCUGCGACUGCCUCGACAUCCUCCACUGGACGGCCAACAGCACAAUAGCAAAAGCAGCAGGGCUCGAACACGCAACAGUCCUACACCUCCACUCCGCCCGCCUCUUCCUCCUAGCCCCAUUCCGCGAAAUGCGCACCCUGGCCAUCUCCCUCGCUACCGAGAAACUCCGCUACAGCAAACGCCACCAGUCGCUCGAGUGGCAGUAUAUCUGGCGCUGGAUGAAACACGAUCAGUAUAAAGCCCGCCUGUCGAUUAUUCAUGCGGGCGUUACGCUCUGGCAUGUGCGUCGCUAUUCGACAAAUGCUUUCCAUGAACCCCUCGCGGCAUUCAUUGCCGUUUUGACUCUGUGGGCGUAUGGUUCUUGUCAUGCGCAUGCAUCUCACGAGUCAAGUCCGCAUUCGCAGGCCCCGCGCGCUGAGCCGCUUCAUGAGCCGAGUUUUAUUCAUCUUGAUCGGCCGUGUGAUGAUGAGCUUGUGCAGCUGUUUGUUAGAGAGGGCCACGCUAUGCGUGGUAAUGUUACUGGUGUUGGGGAUAUUUGUGGGGUCGAGGGUCCUGAGCGGCUUUUGCGUGUUGGCUGUGAGAUCCUUUCCGGGUUGACGGCUUGGAGUAUUUCGAAGAGGUUUGUGGCUAUUUUGACGAGGCUUGCUGACUUGAGCUCUUAUCAUUCUUCUUGGGAGCAGAGUCGUCGUCAGGAGGGUGAGCAGGUUUGA